GUUGGGUCUUCUGCAGGGUGAUGAUGUAUGUGGUAUCUGCGUUGAACAGGAUGGGUGCUGUUUGCCUAAUUUGACAGAGCAAUUACUUUCGAUUAACCUUAAUCAAUCACAAGUGGAUGCUAUUGAAUCUGUGAUCUCAGCUGCACGAUGUAGGCAUAUGAACCUCUUGAAGCUUAUAUGGGGUCCACCAGGUACUGGAAAGACCAAGACUGUUAGUGCUUUACUAUGGGCUUUGGCGUGUAUGAAAUGCAGAACUCUUACUUGUGCCCCCACUAAUGUUGCUAUCGUUGGAGUUUGCACUCGUUUCCUUCAAAACUUGAAGGAUUUCAACCAGCACAUUGACGAAAACAGUCUACCCUUGUCUCUUGGAGAUGUUGUGCUGUUUGGGAACAAGCAGAGAAUGGACAUCACUGAGGAUCUUCAGGAAGUUUUCUUGGAUUUUCGUGUGGACGAACUUCUUGAGUGCUUUUCAUUGUUGUCUGGAUGGAGGUACAGAAUAGCUUCAAUGGUAUCCUUUUUUGAUGACUGUGUGUCACGUUACGAUAUGCUUCUUGAGGAUGAAGAAAAGAGUGAUCCUGCGAGCUUUCUGGACUUCAUAAAGAAGCAGUUUGAUGUGACAGCAGCAGCUCUGAAAAGAUGCAUCGUGAAGUUGUGGGUUCACCUUCCUGGAAAGUGCUUUUCUCGCAAUGGUGCCAUAACUAUAUCUACUUUGCUUAAUAUGCUGGGAAAAUUUGGCACCCUUCUGUGCGACGUAGACUUGACCGACGAGGGCUUGAAAAGGGUCCUUCAUUGUUUGUCAACUGAAAACUCUGUUUGUGCACAGCCUAUAUCUUUUAUUGAGAAAGAACUGGAUGGAGCAAGGUGUACAUGCCUUAAAUUGCUUAAAGAUCUACAACACUCUCUUAAUUUACCCACUGGAGUAGACAAAAACUGGCUCCAGAGCUACUGCAUACGUAAUGCUACACUUCUGUUCUGUACUACUUCUAGCUCUUAUCUGCUGCAUUACAUGGAGAUUGCACCCCUGGACGUCUUAAUUGUUGACGAGGCAGCUCAGGUGCGGGAGUGUGAGUUGGUGAUCCCACUACGUUUGCAUCGGUUGAAGCAUGUUGUUUUGGUAGGAGAUGACUGUCAGCUGAGUGCAAUAGUUAAAAGUCAAGUAUGCAGAGAAGCUGGCUUCGCUACAAGUCUUUUUGUGAGAUUGGUUACUCUGAAAUUCGAUAAACAUUUGCUGAAUAUACAGUAUCGUAUGAAUCCUUGUGUUAGCCAGUUUCCAAAUGCUCAGUUUUAUGAGAGGAAGAUUUUAGAUGGUUCAAAUGUCUUGUCUCCUAGCUAUAACAAGGAUUAUGCAUGCCUCCCUUUCGGCAGCUACACUUUUAUAAAUGUCACGGAUGGAAGGGAAGACAAAGAAAGCACCGGAAACAGUCGAAGAAACAUGGUUGAAGUUGCUGUUGUUCUGCACCUGAUCCAAACCAUCUUUAAAUGUAUGUCUAAGCUGAAACCUAUCUUUUCUCGCAACCUUAAUAUCCUGCCUCGAUCUCUUUGGUAGU